CCGCAGGGCCCGGGGCUCCGCCCCCACAGGCCCCGCCUCGCUCCCCGUGCGCGGAGAGCUCCAUAUCCGGGUUCCCGCCGCCGCUGCCGCCGCCGCCGCAGCCACCGCCUCGCUCAUUCAGCUUUGCGGGGAGUGUUGUGAUUCCCGACCAAAAUGGCGGCUGUAGGACGAGUCAAUUCCUACGGCUCUUCUCCGCCGGGAUUAGCCUCGACUUACACCGGCGGCUCCUUGGCCAACGAGCUAACAUCGGGCAACGGUGGCGCUGCAGCAGGCGACGACGAGGACGGGCAGAACCUUUGGUCCUGCAUCCUCAGCGAGGUCUCCACCCGCUCGCGAUCCAAGCUCCCCGCGGGGAAGAACGUACUGCUGCUGGGUGAAGAUGGAGCUGGGAAAACAAGCUUAAUAAGAAAAAUUCAGGGAAUAGAGGAGUACAAAAAAGGAAGAGGAUUGGAAUAUUUGUAUUUAAAUGUUCACGAUGAAGACAGGGACGAUCAAACAAGAUGCAAUGUGUGGAUUUUAGAUGGAGAUUUGUAUCACAAAGGCCUCCUUAAGUUCUCACUGGAUGCCAUCUCUCUGAAGGACACUCUAGUUAUGCUGGUUGUUGAUAUGUCAAAGCCUUGGACUGCUUUGGAUUCUUUACAGAAGUGGGCAAGUGUCGUUAGAGAACAUAUUGACAAACUGAAAAUUCCUCCCGAAGAAAUGAAAGAAAUGGAACAAAAGUUGAUUAGAGACUUUCAAGAAUAUGUAGAGCCAGGAGAAGAUUUCCCAGCUUCUCCUCAGAGAAGAAACACCAUGUCACAGGAAGACAAAGGCGACAGCGUGGUUUUACCUCUGGGUGCGGACACACUGACACAUAACUUGGGCAUUCCAGUACUAGUAGUUUGCACAAAGUGUGAUGCCAUUAGUGUAUUGGAGAAAGAACAUGACUACAAAGAUGAACAUUUUGAUUUUAUUCAGUCACACAUCCGGAAGUUUUGUUUACAGUAUGGUGCAGCACUUAUUUACACUUCCGUAAAAGAAAACAAAAAUAUAGAUUUAGUAUAUAAAUACAUCGUUCAGAAGCUGUAUGGAUUUCCAUAUAAGAAUCCUGCUGUUGUUGUGGAAAAAGAUGCAGUAUUUAUUCCAGCAGGGUGGGAUAAUGAUAAGAAAAUAGGAAUAUUACAUGAAAAUUUUCAAACAUUAAAAGCAGAAGAUAACUUUGAAGACAUUAUAACUAAACCACCAGUUCGAAAGUUUGUGCAUGAGAAGGAAAUUAUGGCCGAAGACGACCAAGUGUUUCUUAUGAAGCUACAGACCCUUUUAGCAAAGCAACCACCAACUGCAGCUGGAAGGCCUGUGGACUCCUCACCGAGAGUCCCAGGAGGCUCCCCUCGAACACCGAACAGAUCAGUGUCAUCCAAUGUCGCCAGUGUGUCACCCAUCCCUGCCGGGUCUAAAAAGAUUGAUCCGAACAUGAAAGCUGGAGCUACAAGUGAAGGUGUGCUGGCAAAUUUCUUCAAUAGUUUGCUGAGUAAAAAGACCGGCUCUCCAGGAGGCCCGGGUGUCGGCGGGGGCAGCCCGGGAGCUGGGGCUGGAGGUGGAAGCAGUGGUUUACCGCCAUCCGCCAAAAAGUCAGGCCAGAAGCCUGUCCUGUCAGAUGUUCACGCGGAACUGGACAGAAUUACACGGAAACCAGUUACGGUUUCUCCUACAACACCGACAUCGCCUACGGAAGGAGAAGCUUCUUGAAGAUACCAAAUAAAGCCAUUUCUUCAGUUUUCUGGGAUAAUGUAAACUUGCCUCUGCCUUUUCCUUCAAGAGUGGAAUUAGGGAGCUGGAGUGCUUUUUCAGAUGGACUAAAUUUGUCUUUUUUUUUUUUUUUUUUUUUUUUUUGGUGGUUGCCCAUUUUUUAUAAAAGGGAGCUAUACAGAAGAAAAAUUGCUCUUCAUUAUGUAGGAUUGCUGUUUGCAUUGUCAUUUUGCAUAAGGAAGUAAUUUUGGAUUUUGAAAAACUCAAAAUUUAUAGAUCUAAAAUAAAGCCAUGUGAUCAUAUUCUAAAGGCUAUUUACAACAUAUUAGAAGGGUUUAGGGAAGGGCAGAAAAUAAUAUGCUUUGGGCAUUUGACAGACUUGGAGUCCAAGCUAUUUUAGUUGAGACUAUUAAAAUCAUUUUUUAAAAUUAUGUUUUACUGGAAAAGAGAAGAUGGUUAUCAGAUUUUUUCACCCGGACAUAAAUAUACCACCACACAUGGAAUAUGCUGAGAAAAGGAUCACAUAGCAUUUGAUACACUAGUUAGUUUAAAUUCAUGAUCCUGUAAGUUACCAAAAUAUGAUUUUGAAAUAUUGGCGAAGAUUUGCUUCUUUGAGAAGAAAAGAAAGCACACUGCCUAAAUAUGUAAAAGAAAAAUGCAGAGGUUAUUAAAAUGUAAAGCGGUAACAGUCUUUGGAUUUGUCUAUAUAUAUAUGUCAUAUAUAUGUAUGUCAUAUAUAUAUGUAUAUGGCUCUGCCUUAAUAUACCCCUUUUUGUUUGUGACUUUCAACUGUAAUCAGUUAAUAAAGUAUUUAUUCUCUGCAUUCAGGUUCAAA